AAGCAACACGUAGGAAACACAAGCAGUGCAUUUCACCAUUCACACAAAAGCUGCGUGUGCAGUGCUUGUGGAUUCAUUUUUAGCCGAGUCCAGAGAUGCCUUACCAAUUCACUCCAUCAUAUCGUAGUCCUGUGUCCUCAACAGCAGUCAGCAGCCAGUCUGACGGGAAGACGUUUGAGCAGCUGAGGCAGGAAUGUCUGCAAAAGAAGAAACUAUUUGAAGAUCCUGACUUCCCUGCGUGUGACUCAUCCCUUUUCUACAGUGAAAGUGUGCCCAUCAAUUUUGAAUGGAAGCGACCGCGGGAAAUUUGUACAGAUCCUAAGUUCAUUCUAGAUGGAGCUGACAGAACUGACAUCUGCCAAGGCCAGCUAGGGGACUGCUGGUUGCUGGCUGCUAUUGCUUCUCUGACCAUCCAGAAGGAAGUCCUUUCCAGAGUGGUUCCUGAAGACCAGAGCUUUGAUCAAGGCUAUGCUGGUAUCUUUCACUUCCAGUUCUGGCAGCAUAGUCAGUGGGUUGAUGUGGUCAUUGACGACAGACUGCCCACAGUCCGGAAUCGCCUGGUUUUUGUUCAUUCAGCUGAAAACAAUGAGUUCUGGAGUGCUUUGCUUGAGAAAGCAUAUGCCAAGCUGAAUGGAAGCUAUGAGUCCCUAAAGGGUGGCAGCACCCUGGAAGCCAUGGUGGAUUUCACAGGUGGCUUGGGGGAAGUAUAUGAAACUAAGAACCCCCCAGAGAAUCUCUUCCAGAUUCUGCAGAAGGCCCUGGAAAGGAGAUCAAUGCUUGGGUGCUCAAUUGAUAUCACAAGUUCUGCAGAGUCAGAGGCCAUGACAUCUACUGGCUUGGUUAAGGGACACGCCUAUUCCAUCACAGCUGUUGAAGAGGUUAAUUAUAUGGGGAGAAUGAUCCAACUUAUCCGCAUCAGGAACCCCUGGGGAGAAGUGGAAUGGAAUGGACCAUGGAGUGACAAUUCUAGAGAGUGGAAUAUUAUUGACAAGGCAGAGAAGAAGCGCAUUCUUCAAAAUUCCAUGGAAGAUGGUGAAUUCUGGAUGGAGCUUGAAGACUUCAAGGCAAAUUAUGACAGGAUUGAAAUCUGCAACCUUACACCAGAUUCCCUGUCAGAAAACAAUGAGCGAAAGUGGGAGGUGACCGUAUUUGAGGGGAACUGGAUCCGUGGCUCAACAGCUGGAGGUUGCCGUAACUACAUUGAUACAUUUUGGACGAAUCCGCAGUACAAGUUGACUUUGCGGGACCCUGAUGAGAGUGACAAUGAAGAUCAAUGCAGCAUGAUCGUCGCACUAAUGCAGAAGAACAGACGGAAGCUGCGCAAAGAAGGUCUAGACCUGGAGACCAUUGGCUUUGCAAUCUAUGAGACUCCUCGUGGCGAAGAUCACCUUGACAAAGAUUUUUUCCGUUACAAUGCCUCCAAAGCCCGAAGCAAGACUUACAUCAAUGUGCGAGAAAUUUCCCAGCGCUUCCAGCUUCCCCCAGGGAAUUACCUCCUUGUUCCAACUAUUUUCCAACCCCACCGUGAGGCUGACUUCAUGCUCAGAAUCUUCACAGAGACAAAAGUGGACAGUGUAGAAAUGGGUAAUACAAUCAAAGCUGACCUGCCAGAUCCACCCAUGCCAAGCAAACCAGAAGAGGAGAGCCAAGAGGAAAGAGGCUUGAGGGCACUCUUCAAGCAGAUUGCAGGCUCAGAUCAAGCCAUUAGUGCCAAGGAGCUACAACAUGUGCUCACAGAAGUGCUGAGAAGACGAAAGGAGAUCCAGUUUGACAACCUGACCCUUGAUACUUGCCACAGCAUUAUAAACCUCCUGGAUGUGGAUAACAGUGGUACUCUGGACUUUCAAGAGUUCAAGAUCUUCUGGGAUAAGUUUAAAAAAUGGAUGAUGCUGUUCCUCUCGUUUGACACGGACAGAAAUGGCCUCAUGUCUGCAUACGAGCUGCGAAGUGCUCUCAGCGCAGCAGGCAUGCAAGUCAACAACAAGAUCCUGCAGCUACUGUCCUUGAGGUUUGCUGACCCCAACCUUAACAUUGACUUUGAUGAUUACCUCACCCUCAUGGUGCGCUUGGAGAACAUGAUUAGGGUUUUCCAGGCAAUAGAUAAAAGCAAACGAGGAGUGGUUUCAAUGAAUUUUUCUGAGUUCAUUUUCCUCUCCAUGAAUGUUUGAAAAUAAACAUCAGCAGUGCUGCCAAAGAAAACUUCUGUAUCUGAUGGAAGACAACAGUUCACCAUAUUUUCCACCAUGAAUUAAAGCUACGUGUGUGUCUGUUUCCUCAUGUAGCUUUAUGAGUAAGUUCAUAAUUCAUGUACUGUGAAAAAAAUGCUUGCUGAAUUUAGGGGCAAAAGGUUUUGAUUGGGAAUGGAAUGUUUAUAUUUUGUUUUUAUUGGGAUGCGGUUCCAUAUUUUAACUUUUUUUACUAACAGUAUAUUUUAGAAUGGCAUUGGGGGUUUCUUAGUAUUUGUUCCUGAUCACUUUUGAUUUUAUAUAUCUUAAGUGGGCAAUGCUGCAUUGUUUUUUUUUUGUUUUUGGUUACUAUCACUACAAGUGUUUCAUCAAAUGUCAUAAAAUGCAACUCCAUUGACUUUUUCUAGACUUACAAAAUUUAUUUCACAUGAAAUAUGAUUCAAUUUAUGUUCCAGUCAACAAUGAAAGACCAGAGACCAACCCUAUAUAACAAGUUGAGAAAUUAAAAUAAUGUUGAUAUCACUACUACAUUUUAUUAGUUUCAAGCGUAUUAAUGAUAAGGGAUAAAACUGGGCAAUGGAUAAGAUGCAGGGGUCUAUCAGGUGGACAAUAUGGGUUUUGGAAGGAAUAUCCAUAAUGAGCUCACUGUCUCAGCAGAUUUUUUUAUUGAUUUGUGUUCACUGUUAACAGUCAAGAAACAAAUAAAAAUUUAC